ACAUGCCUGACCUCCGAUCGAUACAUCACGUUCGACUACAUCUCAUCCACUAUUCCGUGUGCAUACAAUGGAUCAACGCAUUCUCAAUGUGUCGUCACCAAAACCGAUCAGCCAGUCACGAUAUCCAAAUCAUCAAGUACCUCGACAUUUACAAGUAUGCCGCUUGCAGCAUCUAAGAGAUGGCCUCGUGGACAUGGCAAGGACAACGAUACAGAACCCCUGCGAGAAGUCUUGAUCAAGACCUGGGUGGCCUCUUUCUUUAACAUUGGGCCACUGGCCAUGCCUGGAUAUGGUGGCAGCAGACUCUGUGUUGAUUGUGGACCUGACGAGAGCGGAAGUCGCAGCCAAACCUUCAAUGUCACGGAGUGUUGGAUGACACCAUUGAGAAACAUCAGCUGUUCUGAGUAUAUGGAGAUAUGGAUUUCGAGGCCUGGGCCGUUCAAGACCAGUUCUCUCACUGCGGUUGUGUCUACCACAUCAUACGUGGCUUCGCAAGGUACAUAUACGUUCUUUUUCACGCAAGAGGCUCCGGAUAUUACUGUUGUUGCGCCUGCAAGUACUGUUACAGUUCAUUUGCCAGAUGGUGAGACAUCACAGCUGGUGGAAGCAGCAAGAACAAUCACAAUACCAGGCACACCGUGGACUGCAGGGGUCGUCAGGGCCUGUCAAGGACCAACCCUUUUUGAUAUCGUCACGACAGUGACAACUACAGCAACUUGGGUUCCUCCGUGUGAGACCGGGACCAGCACUAGUGGUCAAAACGGGGGGUGGUAUUUCCCAAAUCCUCCAUCACCGACCGUCACGACAGUGAACCCAGCGUCGACAUCUACGAGAUCUCCAACCACCUAUCCACAGUCGACAUCUACUACGCUGUCGACAUUGGGACCGGAGUCACUACCUACAACGAGUCGAACAAGCCAGCCAGAAUCGUCCAUCACGGCUCGUUCAACAAAAGUAGCACCAACAUCCCAAACGCCUUCAACAAGUAACUUGGGGCCGACAUCUAUUACGACUUCAACAAGCCAUGCACAAUCUAGUGCUACUAAACCUGGUCCUAUCAGCUCCAGCGGGUUGCCCUCUUCUUCCACGAGCACUGUUACCAGCAACGUCUCGCCGGAUCCUGCAUCAUCUCAAUAUCCUUCCAGUGCAAGAUCAAUCUCCACAUCUACCACUCAGAGCGGAGCAACAAGCUCUUCGACAGGAGUCAGCUCGUACCUGAGUACAACUUCAGUCCUCUCUACGCACAUUUCGUCAACAGGUAUCAGCUCGUAUUUGAGCACAACUUCGGUUGUUUCGACGAACGAUAGCACCUAUUCAAGCUCGACCACGACUACUUCCCCGAGUACGUCCACGGUGACAUCUAGCUCAAGUCCAGUGCCGACGGACAACUUCUAUAUACUGGUUAUGGCUACGUCCGGAAACAUCAAACGUGCUUCUCGAUACUUGGCGUUUGUCAACGGCUAUAGCGUUGUCCUAGAUCGCCAGGAAACAGCAGCACUGUUUGCCCUUGACACCGAAGGCCUGCUGCAGACCAACAAGCAAUUCAUUGGCGCAGAGGCCGACAUCGCUGGGACGGUCUUAAAAUCGUUCUCGUCUUCGGUUGUUGCAUCAGAGACGUGGACGUUAUCUGGAGACGGCACACUAAGUCUCACGGGCGCGUCUGGCUUCUGCGAAACGACGGACGGACAAAUUGCGAUCACCACUGCAGGUUCAUCUUUAUCGGAUUGUUCGCUAAUAUCUCUCAUCUAUCAAGGACAUCCACCUCGACGACUUCCACCACUUCCAGUAGCACAACCACCACUUCCAUAUCCUCGGGCAUCGGUAGAAGCACAACCUCCACGAGUCUAAGCCGUCUGACCACAACCCCAACAAGUGAUAACCCCACCACGACGAGCUCAGCCUCGCAAUCCACGAAUUCUUCGUCAGCGAGUUCAUCCAACAGCCUAUUGACCUCGUCAAA